UCGUAUUUGUCUCAGCAUGAAGAGGAUGCAUGAAGUGGGAGCAAAGAGGAACCACGAACCUGUCAUGUCAGUGUGUUUAAUGACAACUGAGCAGCAAGAGUGGCGGGGAAGGUUAAAGCCUAAGACACGUAAACUCCAGCAAGAUCAGCCCUUCAACUGUCUGUCCGGACAUCACAUCUCAGCUGUUGGGAAAAGUAGGCUAUGGAGCUCGAAAACAGUAGAAAUUUGAGGGAGAGAUGCACCGUGAGGCAGGACAUCAUCAGAGAGUUUCUGGCAGAAUUAUUGGGGACAUUCAUAUUAAUACUCUUCGGCUGUGGUUCAGUGGCCCAGACCAUUCUCAGCAGAGAAAAACAAGGAGAAAACCUCACCAUCCAUUUUGGCUUUACUUUAGGGGUAAUGCUGGCUGUGUACAUGGCAGGAGGAGUGUCAGGUGGACAUGUGAACCCAGCAGUUUCUCUGGCUAUGGUUGUCUUGGGGAAACUCCCAUUAAAGAAAUUUCCUUUCUAUGUGGUAGCCCAGUUUCUAGGUGCCUUUGCGGGGUCUUGUGCUGUCUUCUGUCUGUACUAUGGUGCCUUCGCAAAUUUUGCUGGUGGAAAACGGAUUGUAAUUGGUGAAAAUGCCACAGCAGGUAUCUUUGCCUCAUAUCCACACGAAGAUCUUUCAUUGUUAAAUGGAUUAAUUGAUCAGGUGAUUGGCACAGGUGCCCUGGUCCUCUGUAUUUUAGCCAUCGUAGAUAAGAAGAAUAUUGGGGCCCCUAAAGGAAUGGAGCCACUGGUUAUUGGUCUGAGCAUCCUGGCUAUCGGAGUGUCCAUGGCGCUGAACUGCGGCUAUCCCAUCAACCCUGCCAGAGACUUGGGACCUCGGCUCUUCACUGCUAUGGCAGGAUGGGGACUAGAUGUGUUCAGGGCUGGAAAUGGCUGGUGGUGGGUUCCAGUGGUCGGGCCGAUGGUGGGUGGUGUGGCUGGGGCAGUGAUCUACUUCCUGAUGAUUGAGCUGCAUCACCCCGAGCCUGAGAAGAACCUUGAAGACGACAACAGCAUCAAAGAUAAAUAUGAAUUGAACACCGUAAACUAGAAGGAGAGGGAAAGUAUGCUAUCUUUUCCUUCACCAUAGACCUCAAACAAAAAGCACUGCUAUUUCUACGUACCCUCUCCUUCUCUGUCUUUUCUUCUAGAUGUCUUUUCUGAGUCUUUUGCCAAGUAAUUUCAUGAAACCAAGCAGCUAUGAAAGACAGCAUAAUUCUAGCUUUUUUCAUGUUCUAAAGUUUAACUAUAGAAAAUUUCCAAAGAUCACCAUUCAUUCUAUCAACACAUAGCGACAACAGAAAUAAUCAGGUAUUUAAUAUAAAGCAUCCACAGUUUAUGAGUAUUUACCAUCAGUAAGUGUCACACCACUGCCAGUAACAGAUUACAGGUGCUAACUGAUCCUCCAUAUUAACAACUCUGGAAUGUAUAUAGAGAUAAUCAGAAUUUUCGACUGGUUUCUCAGGUUUCCUUUCCUUUAAGAUACAGCCAAUGCAGGUUGUCCAGCCUCAGCCAGAGAGAGUUGAACCACUCCAGGAUAGUACCUAUAAUUUUUCCUUCCUUCCUUUUUCUAAUCCUCCUACUAUUUGUCUUAACUUUCACAGACAUCUGAUAACCCUAUAUCUUGCCAUAAGCAGAAAUAUGUUUUUCUCUCACUGAAAUGAAAGAAGAGGGUACUUUACUUUCCACUCUAUUUACUCAAAAGACGAACAGGCCUCCUUGUCUGUAAACGAUUAAGUCAGUACGAAUCAAAUCAUGUUUUGAUUCAGACAUGAAUCAAUACAAAACAUGAAUAGAUGAGCAACCAACUGCAUGCAUAACUGCUGAUAAGGUAACAUGCAUGAGGUAACAGAAUGAUCGUUGCAAUGCAUGUUAAAUAACUAUUAU